GCCUCGGCCUACUGAAGGACAAAUGUGUAGAGCCUCCCCUGGUUUACCUUAGAGCCAAGACUGGGUCACGGCAUUGACACGCAGCUGCACUCCUAGCUAUAUAUACGUACGCCUCCAUUUGGGGAAUGGCUCCUCAGGUGUGCACUCACCAUGGCUCACUGGGAGAUCCUGUGCUUUGCCUUGUGCUCCUACCUCGGGGCAGCACGGGCUGCAACCCUGGGUGUGGUGCACGUCGAGGGCGGUUUUGUGGAAGGCGAGAGUAAAAGACUGGGACUCUUUGGGGACUACAUCGACAUCUUCAGAGGGAUCCCCUUUGCUGCCCCUCCAAAGACUCUGGAAGACCCCCAACCUCAUCCUGGCUGGGAUGGAACAUUGCAGGCAAAAAAAUUCAAAAAUCGCUGCAUGCAGAUGACGCUUACACAAACUGAUGUCCGUGGGAGCGAGGACUGUCUCUAUCUGAACAUCUGGAUCCCUCAAGGGAAGAGACAGGUCUCUACCAACAUGCCAGUGAUGAUCUGGAUCUACGGCGGCGCCUUCCUUGUGGGAGGGAGCCAGGGAGCCAACUUCCUCAAUAACUACCUCUACGACGGCGAGGAGAUCGCCGUGCGGGGCAACGUGAUCGUGGUGACCAUCAACUACCGCCUGGGGCCCCUGGGCUUCCUGAGCACCGGAGAUGCAAACUUGCCAGGGAACUAUGGGCUGAAGGACCAGCACAUGGCUAUUGCCUGGGUGAAGAGGAAUAUCAAGGCCUUUGGGGGUGACCCAGAAAACAUCACCAUCUUUGGGGAAUCAGCCGGUGGUGCCAGUGUCUCCCUGCAGAUGUUGUCCCCAAAGAACAAGGGCCUGUUCAAGAGAGCCAUCAGCCAGAGCGGCGUCGGUCUCUGCAGCUGGGCCAUCCAGCAGAACCCGCUCGCCUGGGCUAAAAAGCUUGGACAAAAAGUGGGCUGCCCCACAGACAACACCACUGCCUUGGCCAACUGCCUGCGCAUCUCCGACCCCAAAGCUGUGACGCUGGCCUACCACCUGCAGCUGAUCAACCUGCCCUCUCCUGUGGUUCACACACUCGCCCUCACUCCUGUCGUCGAUGGAGACUUCCUCCCAGACAUGCCAGAGAAACUCUUUGCCAACGCUGCUGACAUUGACUACAUUGCUGGGGUCAAUAACAUGGAUGGACACAUCUUUGCUGGCGUUGAUUUACCUGCUAUCAACCGCCCACUUGUGAAAAUCACUGCGGACGAAGUCUAUCAUCUGGUCAAAGGACUUACCGUGGACAGGGGCGAGCGUGGAGCCAACGCGACAUACAAUCUCUACACGCAAGUGUGGGGCAACAGCCCGGACCAGGAGGUCAUGAAGAAGACAGUGGUGGACCUGGUUACUGACUACAUCUUCCUGAUUCCCACACAGUGGGCACUGAAUUUGCACCUGUGGAAUGCCCGGAACGGCAAGACAUACAGCUACUUGUUCUCCCAGCCAUCCCGAAUGCCCAUCUACCCAAGCUGGGUAGGGGCAGACCACGCUGAUGACCUGCAGUACGUGUUUGGGAAACCCUUUGCCACCCCCCUGGGCUACCUGCCCAAGCACAGGACUGUCUCGAGCGCCAUGAUUGCUUACUGGACCAAUUUUGCCAGGACAGGCGAUCCCAACAAAGGGUAUUCCAAGGUGCCCGUUACCUGGCCGCCCUACACCAACGAGGCCAGUAACUACCUGGAAAUCAACAACAAGAUAAACCAGAACUCCGUGAAGCAGAAUCUGAAAAGCCGGUACGUGAACUUCUGGAACUCGGUCUAUCGGAGUCUGCCGCAGGUUGCCAACAUCUCCCUAACCGAGGACCUGCUGUGGAACUAAGAAAAAACAUCUUCUAA